GCUCUAAGACGUUCUUCCGAUUUGGCCGCACGACUCGCUCCGUCUGUCCCCGCUCGAUGCCCCACAGCGCCGCGGGUUCGCGUGCCCGCCGCCGCCGCCGCACGGGAGCUCCAACCAGCCCGCGAUCCUCCCUGCUCGCCGCCCCUCCCGUCUCUCAGCCCCUUCUCCCGUCGCUCGCCUGACAGGCUGACACCUCCCGUCGCCCUUGCCUUGCCGGCGCGCGCCGCCCCUCCUGUCGGCGGUACGGGAAGGAGAAGAGCUCGUCGCUGCGUGCUGCCUCCAGCACGCGGGAAGGAGAGGAGAGGAGGCGUUCACCUGCUUGCCGUCGUCCAGCACUUCCACUGCCACUGCAAAUAAACUCUGAAACUGGAAUUCCUUGCUUGGUCUUCACCAAUGGAGAUGAUGCACAAGGCAACUGAAUCUGCUUAUGAUGAAGAUAAUGGUAAAGGUAAGGAUGUAACAAGCACGGAGGAAAACGAUCCGUGGAAUCCUCCAUAUCCUCCUGGUGUUCCUGCUCCUGCUAAAGACGUGACUGAGCAUAUCAAAUUAAUCAAGCAGUGGAUGAGUCAAAAACAUGCUUUUCUUGCUGCCUCCAGAACAGCCCAUACGAUCAUCCCAGACCGUACUCCUGAGAAGAUCUUCUUGGAUACAGUCAGACUGAUUGCAGAAAGAACAGAUGAUCUACUUGCCGAGGUCAGGAAAUACAUAAAGGAUGGAAAGCUUGCCGAAACAGCAGUUUUGCUCCUGGCAGCUCAAAAGAAGAUCCGCGCGGGAUCUUCGUUCAAGGAAAAUGGCAAUAGCAAGACAGAUGGGUUUAGUAUUAUCUCUCAUGUUUGUACAGAGGAUGCUGUUGCCAUAGAUUCACAGAUUACUCAAAACAGAGUUAGAAAGAAGCAGCAGCUGAAGGCGGACAAAAAGCUUAGGCGUAUGGCAUUGCUGCUUGUUAUUGUAAUUUGCGAAGCUGGCGAAGCUCUUGAUGCAUACAUUCGGGCACAUCCAGAGGUCCCCUAUGCCAUGCAGGUGGCUCACGAUGAGGUUCUGAAACGUGUCUCAUCGAUUCUGAAUAACCAUGGUUUUUGUCCUACUGGAGAAUGCAUCAACAUAGAAAAUCUCUGCCCCUAUGAUCAACAAUCAUCCUCUCUGUCAGACAACAUGUUGUCCAACAAACAUGAUGGAUAUGCUACAGCUGAGAUGGUUGCCAGAAAGAAACAGCCUAGAGGAUGGGAGCUCGAACAUGCAAGGAGAAGCUUCGUCCCAUACUGGAAGGCAGUGUUAUUUUCCCAGUUGGAAGCAAGGGCGUGCUCCAGUCCCAUGAUAGAAUCGAAAGCCAUUAGAGAGAUGGAUGAAAUUCUGAAUAAGGCAGCCGAAGAAGGAUCAUCUCCGAUUCCACAUAGCAAUCUUGGUUUGUCGGGAAGAAUUUCGCGAUUGACAAGUAAUCAUCGAUCCAGAAGGCUGUUUGGUACUGCGGCAUCAACAGUCUUGAAACUGUUAAAGCAUGCAUAAGUUGAGAGUCGCUGCUGCCGCUGUUUCGCCGUUUUCCUGCUUGUUUCUCUUCUGCUGGAUUUCGAUCAGGGCAGGAUGAGGCGAGUAACCAUUUCCGGGCGUAAUUGACAGCCAGAAAAAAUAAAUGAAUGAACAGGGCGAACCAAGCGUUGUUUUGGGAUGGGCCAAUUUUUUUACUUGCUCCGACUAAGGCGGAGGUUUUGGGCUGGGAAACGAUGAAUCAUGCCG